AUGGGCGAUAAACCCUUUGAAAGACCUAGGAGAACUGGUGUUGACUACACCAGGACUCUCAAUGUUAAUCCGUUAUCAAAUAAAAACAAAUUUAAAUUCAAUCCUAUUGACAAGAAAAAAAAAUUUUUAAAUAAAAAACUUGAUGCAGAAAAUACAACAUUAAAUAUAAAACAGACAGUAGAAACUUUGAAAAGUAAACCAAUUCCUAAAGUUACAAUUUUAUUAAAAGAUGAUAAUAACGACUCGAACCAAGAUCAAACUACUGAAGAAAUGACAGAUGUGGAAGAAAAUGGAGAAAAUGAAGAAUUAAACGAAAACCAAGAAAACAGUGAUACAACUGGAUAG